AUGGUUGAAAAGACUUUAUUGGUGAAUAUUGCAGGAGGUCAUGCCACCGAACUUUAUAUUACUGCUAGACAUAUUAAAGCUAGACUGCUUAUCUCAUAUCCAGAUGCAGACUUCAAUAUUAUAGAUUUGGAUCAGUCGUAUCAGAACAAGGAUCAGGCUGGUUUAAAAAAUUACAGUUACAAAGACUAUGAUUUUGAAUUAUUAUAUAACGAACUCUAUAGACAAAAGAAUGAUGGAAGUAGAAAUAGAAGCAGAGGUAGAAGUAGAAAUAUUAUUAUACUAUGUGGUUGUUAUGCAUUAUAUGAUAAAAGAAUCAAUAACCUUUCGGAUCUUAAAGUAUAUAUAGAUUGUGAUUCAGAUAAAAGAUUAAUUAAUCUGAUAAGAGAGAAAGAAUGUCUGGAAGGUUAUGAAUUAAAUAUGUUGCUAACUGAGUAUAUGGAUCAUUUAAGAAUUGAAAUGGACAGAUAUAUCCAACCAACAAGAGCAUCAGCCGACUUGAUUAUUCCUACUACAGAUGAAAAGUUGGGUGAAGAAAUUCUGAUAUCUGGUAUCUCUCAUUUAAUUAAAUUUAAUGAUUUGGAGACAAAUAAAACAGAAAACAACAGUAAUUCUGUAAGCAUGUUGAAAGAUUGUAAGAAUUACCAACCUUUAUGGGAUUUUCAAGGUGAAUUUAUGGAUUUGGAGAAGAGUAGAUAUUAUGAUUUGUCAUAA